AUGUUCCACCACGACGAUGAAAAGCACUGGGGCCCAGCCGGGCCCAACCCUGGUGUCCUCCAAGAAAAUCACCCGGGUAUGUAUCCUGGAGGAUACGAUGACCACGACGUGACAACGCAGGGCUCCCACGACGACGACGAUGACGACGUAGGGUCGACCGCUCCCCCAUCAAUGAGGAGGCAAAGGACUGCCCGUGCGUCGGAGGAUCUGAGGAGGACAGCCAGCAACGUCCUGUCCACCAUCGCCUCGCGCAUCACGACGCGAGGCUGGCCGGAGCCGCCGCCUCCCCCGGACGGCGGUGCCAAGGCCUGGACCCAGGUGGCUUGUGUACAAAUCUGGCUGACCAUGGUCGGCGGUGUCUUUACCGGUCGGCUCCUCGACGCCGGCUUCUUCGUGCCGACCUUCUUCGUCGGAGCCGCCCUCCAGGUCCUCGGCAUGUUCCUGAUGAGCGUCUCCAAGACAUACUGGCAGCUCAUGCUGACACAGGGCGUGCUUACCGGCCUAGGUGGCGGUAUCUUUUUCACACCCUCGCUGGCCCUCGUGACUACCUACUUCGACAAAAGACGUGGGCUGGCCAUGGGGCUUGUCACCACGGGAAACUCGGCCGGCGGCAUCAUCUAUCCUCUCGUGGUCCGACAGUUGAUCCCCAAGCUCGGCUUCGCCUGGACGUCGCGGGUCCUGGGCUUCAUCAACCUGGCCUCGCUGGGCGUGUGCCUUGCCUUCAUGCGCCCGCGCCUCCCGCCGCGCAAGUCGGGCCCGAUCAUCGACUGGGCCGCCUUCCGGGAGCCCGUGUUCGACACUUUUGUCGCGGGCUGGUGGCUCAUCAUGUGGGCCAACUACUACACCUUCUACUACAUCGCCUCCUUCGGCGUCGAGGACCUUGGUAUGACCUACUCGGCCGCCUCAGUCCUCAUCAUGGUCGUCAACGGCGCGGGCCUCCCAUUCCGCGUCAUUGUUCCCCUGUUCUCCGAUCGCCUUGGGCCGCUGAACGUGCUGCUCCCCGUCACGCUCACAUGGGUGAUCAUCGCGUUCUGCUGGCUGGCCGUGAGGGAUAUUGGCGGGUACUACGCCUUCACAGCCGUCUACGGUGCGACUUCUGGGGCGUUCCAGUGCUUGCUGCCGACUACCAUUGCCAGCAUCACAGACCGGCUGGACAAGGUUGGAACGAGAAUGGGUAUGGCUUUCGCGAUCAUCAGCAUCUCGUCCAUGACUGGACCUCCUGUUGGAGGCGCCCUACAGACUUCAGGGUCCCGCCCAUAUCUGGGGCCGCAAUUGUGGGCAGCAUGCUCUAUACUGGCCGGUUUUAUUCUCUGUCUUGCCGCCCGGUGGGCAAAGGCUGGACUUGGCUUCCGGGCGAAGUGCUAA